GUGAACAGAUGAUGAUGAGUGAACAGAGUGAACAGAUGAUGAUGACAAUUUAGCUGGUCAACGUGCUAGGGGGUUUAUUUUAUAAUGGAAAAUGAUACUUUGACACCAGAUUUUUUACAACAAUUUGACAACGACAGGUGUCAAAGUAUCAUUGGCUGUUCUGAUUGAAUUUUAAAAAAAAAAAACAGGUGAGGGGAAGGGCAAUUUGGGAAUGCGGUUUCUGAAAUUCAUUUGGUUUGGCGCCUACGAAAGCAUUUUCCCUUCUGAUGCACUAAAGUUAUCUCUCUCUCUUGACCUAAGCUCUCUCUCCACGACUCUGCACUCACGGGACCGAAGAGGUGUUUCGUCAUCUCCGUUCGGCAUUGAAGUUUCGAAGGGUGACAUUGAACGCUUUGUUCUUCCUCAUUGAAGGCUUUCAUCUCCGUCCGCGUGUUUGGAGGAAGUUUCGAUAGGGGCAAGCAUUGUGAUCUUUAAUCCAAAGGAGAGGUUUUUUGGCUGUCGCCGUUGUGGCUUGGUGGGUAUUUUGUAUGCCCUUGUUAAUCGAAAGGUAUCUUCUAUCUCCGUUUAGGAACUCUGUAAGUGUCGGUCCACCAUUGUCUACUCUUGCAGGCCAACGAAAUCGGGUUUCUACAUCGAGGAAGACCGGCAUUGAAGAUGUUGCGUCAAAAUUGUCAUCUUUGAGAUCAGAACUUGUCAAUGCUGUCUCUUCUGUAAUUGUCAUCUCCAUGCUUGAUGAAAUUGCAUGGUUGUUGAACUUGAGAGGCAAUGAUAUUCCACAUUCACCAGUUGUGUAUGCAUACUUGAUUGUGGAGAUUGAUGGAGCAAAAUUAUUUGUAGAUGAUUCCAAAGUUACUGAAGAGGUGAGGNAUCACUUNAAGAAAGCUGAUAUACANAUCANGACAUACNAUUCAAUUAUAUCUGAAAUUGAAAGAUUGGCAGCACAAAGUGUUGCUCUUUGGUUGGAUACUUUAUUUGUUAAUGCUGCUAUUGUAAAUGCCUAUGGAGCUGCCUGUGACAGAUAUUAUCGGAUUCGGGAGAAUAAACACAAAACCAGGAUAAAUGGUUUUGAUGGGUCUAUUGAGAGCUCAGAUGUACCCUUUGCUGUCCAUAAAGUCUCUCCUGUUUCUAUUUCAAAGGCCAUAAAACAUGAAUCAGAGUUAGAAGGGAUGCAAAAUUUCCAUUUAAGGGAUGCUGCUGCCCUUGCUCNNUUCUGGGAUUGGUUAGAAACAGAAAUUACCAAGGAUAGAACAUUGACAGAAGUAGAGGUUUCGGAUAAAUUUCUUGACUUCGCUCAAAACAAGCUAGUUUCCUGGAUACUAGCUUUGACACAAUAAGUGGUAUUGUGGUUGACUGUCAAUUUCUUUCUUAUAUUCUAUUGAGUUAUGGUUAAAGAAACAUGAAAAGUUACUGCCAUAAUUUUUCUCACUUUAUUUAACUGCCAAUUAUUUUAGGGGAAAAUUCAGAUAACAUACCUCUUGCUAUAAAUAUGGAAUGUAAAGGACCACCAUUUAGUAAUCCUAUGUAACCGAAUAUGAUAAUGAUAUUGAAAUACAUUGCUAUUAUUCCUCAGAGUACUUAUAUUUACCAGUAUUUCGAUUUAUAUUUUUACUUAUAUUAGUUGAAAAUAUAGAAAUCGUGUACUUAUUAUGAUGUGAAUCUAUCAUAUUAAUAAAUUAUUUUAUUUUAUGAGAAAUGAAUACAUACAUACUCUCACUGCCCAUUACAGUAUUAUGAAAUGUAGGAUUCAUUAUUAUAUAUAACAAAUACCUGGGUUAAUGGAUUUCCUACAUACAUCUCUUAAAGUUGACAAUUAAUUAACCUGAAGAGGUAAUUGUAGAGAAGUUGAUCUUCUCCUUCUGAAAGUGGUGUACAAAUGUCCCUCACAAAAAAAGUCAUAUGGUCCUGCAUAAGUCUUUUCUCCCAUUCACAGCAAUAUUGUGUUUUAUAUGUUAUUUCAAAAAGUAAAAGCCACACAUAUCAAAGUAUAUUUUAAACUUUUUAAAAUUAGUAAGAAUAUUGAGACACCCACGUGAACUUUAGACAUAAAAUUAUUAAUUAAUGAAUACAUAUAAUAAUUUUACAUUACUUAGAUCUCCUUUGAUUAGAUACUGUAUGGUGUGGGUAUACAUAUAGUAAGUAUUGAAUGUGAUCUAGUUUAUCUUAAUUUUCCACCAUUUUAACAUGAACAGAACUAUUUUUGCAAUCUGUUUACCUAAGCAUGUGGGGCUGACACAUCUUUUUUACUUUCUCUAUA